AUGUCGGCCAUGGAGACCCGACAGUCUGCACGCAAGCGCAGAAACAGCUCAGCCUGUCGUCCAAGCAGUACCUCUCCCGUUUCCCAUCGAACAAGAAACGGGAGGCUGGCAGACCUCAAAAACACAUUAAAUGCCCCCAACUCGACUACUGCGACUACCCCAAAGAAGGCUAGGAAGCGGGUCCGAUUCUCCGACCCUGGCCCCAGGCUGCUCGAAGCGUGCUCGCCCUACUCGACCGGUCUAACCCCGGCGAUGAGACGCAGCUCCGUGAGAGAUUCAGACUAUAAUUCUCCGAGACCCAGUGAUGCUUCGCCCAGUCGCCGCGCUCGACGCCGUACAUCGGCGCCGUUGCCACGGCGCCAUUCAGCUUUCGAUCUUGUCGACUCAUACGAUCAGACCAGCACAGAGAGCAGAGUCCAAUUUACACCUCUCCGCCAGAUUCUAGAUGAUCGAACGCAAAGGAGAAUCAAGCGAUUUGGCCUGAGCGAGGAGAUCAACAGUAUUCAGCGCGAAAAACGCCAAUCGGUUGCGCAUGAAAGAACACUUCAUGCCCUGAUACAGGAACGUGAUGCUCUACAAGGCGAGCUGAAUCGUCUGAAGCAGAGCGACUGGUCACUAGCCCUUGUCGGAGACCGAGAAUGCAACCGCCCAUUUGAGGAUGAGCAUUCAAUAGUCCAUGAUCUGGAUCGUGAUAUACAUGAGAACUUGUCAACUGGCGACGAGGAGGACAUGUUCUCACUCCAUGACAAUGCAUUUAUCAUAUCUGGAUCGCCUGAUUUUCGUGAUUCAAGCAGUCGACGUCUGCAAUCGCAAAUGGAUUCAUCUGCCUCGGGCCAAGUCAAUGAUGAUGCAGAGUCGCAAAAUCUUAACCGUGACCUUCAAGCUGCAAGGCAAGAAAAGCGUGAUCUUUUCAGUGCAUGUCGUAACUACCUAUCCACUUUUGGCGAUUCCGAUUUCAGCGAGACCCUUCAGAGGUCUUCAUCACCGCCACCCGGCUUCUUCGACAAUUUGACUCGGGCAUUGACCAGUGUACUUUCUCGUGCUUCGGAAGCGACACAAUCAUUGGAGAGCAUCAGUCAGACCUGUCACGGUAUGGGAUUUGUGGGCUCUUGCGCGGAAGAGGUCGUGAAGGAUAUGCAAUCACAUUUUCGUGCCUCGCGUCUUGAGUUGGAGCGUCUGGUCCCCGGCGAAACGGCCAACGUGGGGCUGGGGGACGGAAAAGCAACACUUGGUGCGCUUGUGGAUCGAGUUCGCAUGCUUGCUACCGAUUUGAACAGCGAACGCACGCAUUAUCAUGGAUCACUUGGUCGCGAAAAAGCCCUACGAGGACAGUUUGACAAUCUCCUUCACCGCUUCGAAGCAGCUUCAUCGAAGAUCAAGAAUCUUGAGGAUACUAUUGCAUCAUCUGCCGGUGACAUGUUACAUACGAGGAUGCGUUUGCAGCAACUAGAAAGUGAGGACCACGAGAAGAGCGUCGGGAUUGACAGAUUAAAUAUCGCCCUUGACAAAUAUCACGAAGAGGUCAGGGGAUUGGAAAAGAUGGUGAAUACUUUGGAGGCUGCGAAUGAGGAGACCAAGGGAAAAUAUCAACAGAGAAUCGCCGAUCUCAAGGCACAAGUCGAUCAUGAACGCAAACAGCGAUCCGAAAUGGAGGCCGCGGCCUCUGGAAACGAGUUGCGCAUACGCCAAUUGCAAGACGCAGUAGAGCAAAGCAAAACCCACGCGCGUGAUCUUUCUGCGAAGAUAGAGGCUCUUAAAGGCGAGCAUGAAUCGGCCCUCAUGACGCUCGAGCAACAAACAUCUGAGAUGCAUCAAAGGCAUGAUGAGGAGACAGGCAUGCUCAAUGUUCGCAUCUCAGACCUCGCCACCUCUUUAGAAGGGGCACGAUCCGAAGCUCAACGCUUGCAGCAGAUCAAUGCCGAGCUCGAGAAUCAACUACAGCUCGAGAUAGACGCGCGUGACCAGCUUCUGGACAAGUGGAUGGGCGAGCAAGCUCGCUCUUUCGCUUUCAUGAAAGAGACUGUGAGUUCGGAGCGCCGGCGAGGCAAAGUUCGUGCGGCAAAUUGGGAACUAAGAUCGGACGAUCUCCUGUCGGACGGACCCUCAGCGAUGGACAGCGAGCCCAUCACUCCUGUCAGCAUGCCGCGCUUCGUUGAUGUGGAAAUGGGACGAGGCAAGAACCGCCGUCGGAUGGACAGUGGGAUUGGCAUUCUCUCCGAAGAUGAUCUUUUUGACCAAGACCACUCGGGCGAUUGCUUAUGA